AUGGGUUCUUGUUCCUCAUAAGAAAUGAAAAAAACAAUGAAAGCCAAAUUGCAAGAGGCAAAAUAAAAACAAUCUUAGACAACAACUCCAAACAGGUCGACAACUUAGCCAUUAGUUGUAAGACCAAACACAAGAUGCAAUACUCAGAAUAUCCCUUAGACUGUAGUUGAGUAAGGUUUGACAUCAAUAAGUCUUCAAAAUAUAAAUUAAACACUAGUUUAUAGAAGCACUAACUUCUCAACUUAUUAUAGUUUGUUGAGAAAAGAGGAUAAAGAUUUUCCAUUUACUACCAUCCAGCAUAACAAUACAGGAAUAGUUAGGAUCAUCAAAUCAUACAAACUUACAGAUGAAAAAUAUGUUGCUUCCUUACUCAAUUAUUAACUUCAUCAUCCUAAUCUAAUUCAAUUAUAUGAAAUAUAUGAAGAACAAUAAAAGUAUCAUGUGGCCGAGGAGAAUAGCAAAGAGAUAGUAAUUCUGAAUUCAAAAAUGUUCAUUACUGAACAAGAUGUUGCAUUCGUAUUUAACCAAAUAGUAGAAGCAAUUGACUAUAUCCAUCACUAAUAACUCACUCAUGGCCAUCUAACCAUAGAUUCAUUUGCCCUUUUUGGAGAUAAAUACAUAAAAUUAUAUAAUUUGUUCCACCUGUUUAUGAAAAAGAAACCGUCUUUUGAAGAAUCACAUUAUUUGCCUCCAGAAUAUUUUGAAAAUCAACAGUAUACAGAAGAAAGAGAUAUUUGGUCUUUGGGAAUAAUCCUUUACUAAUUACUUUAUCAUACUUCUCCUUAUGAGUCCAAAUCAUUUAAUAAAUUAAGAGUAGAAAUCUUAAUUUCAGAGAUGUAAUUUGAAUAAUCAAUCUCCAAUGAGGCUAUCUCAUUAUUGUAAUAAUUACUAGAUAAAAAUCCAAAAAAAAGAAUUAAAUUAAAGGAUAUAACAAAACAUCCAUGGUUACUAAAAUAAGAGGUUUAAUCGAGAGAAGAACAAGUUAGAGAAACCUUGCUUAGAUUAUAAAAAUCUAAAAAGUUAAAUAUGUUAUAAGCUUACAUCUUGAAGUUUAUAAUUAAUAAUUAUCCUCCAGAUAAGCUUCGUGAUAUUUAUUCUGUCUUCAGAUCUUUAGAUCUUGAUAAUGAUGGAUUUUUUAGUCUCUCUGAACUUUUGGCCUCAUACACAGAUUUUGUAUAAGAUGACGAUAAAACCAAAUCAGUUUGUGUGAAUAUAUUUAAAAAAGUAGAUAUGGAUAAAGAUAGCAAAAUCACCUUUGCUGAAUUCAUACUCUAUGCCAUCAAACGUAAGACUCUGAUUCAAGAAGAAGUCUUGGAUACUAGCUUUAAAUUAUUGAAAAAUAAAAAAAAUUUUAUUACUGCCGAGAGUUUGGCUACUUAGUUUUCUUUGGAAAAGGAAUACUUUAUGGAAAUUCUAAUGGAAUUAAAUCAAAAAGACUAUUUAACUUAUAGGAAUUUCAAGGAACUCAUGGCAGAUAUCGUCUGA